AUGGAUACGACUAUAACAAAUAAUGGUGAACAACAGCUUAUUCAAAUGUCUGCAUUAUUAUCUGAAAAAUAUUUAAAAGAAAAUCGUAUUGUUACUAUGUGUGACACAAUAAAUUCAAAUAAUAAUGAAAUUCAAAAACUAACACUAUCCAAAAUAAAACAACGACCAUCUUUUUUAUGCUUAAUUUCAAGGCCUAUGCAAAUUCUUACAUCAUUGCAUACACCACAUUUUUCUGAUCGUAGUCUUCGUAUAACAUUUCUGUUAUUUACUACAUUAAUUGGUAUAAUUAGUUUUACAACUGCACUUAUUGUAGGUUCAAGUACAGUACAAUUUAAACAACAAUGUCCAUUGUAUGCUUCAUUUCAAUUUAAAACAAUAAGUACAACUACAAGUAAUUGGACAAUUAGAAUAAUACCGUCAUCUGAAAGAUUUAGUUCACAAUCAACAUGUGAUUUUUGCACAUUCUAUAAUGUUGUUACAUUUAUCUAUUGUAUUAUGACAGGAUUUUUUUUCGUAUUAUUUAAUAGUGAUGAUAGAAUUGUUACAACAAAUGAUCGAUAUUUGAUCAUUCCAUGGUUUCCCAUGUCAGUUAUACUCGGAUUCUUGGCCUUAAUUAAUGCAUCUAUAUUAACAAAUGGUUUUUUAAAAUUUUGUUCAACGAUCAUAUCACAUGAUAAUAAUAUUACUUCAUGCACUCAAUUAAAUCAAUUAUUUUUCGAACAAUAUCCAAAUGUCUCAUUAUUCUUUGUCUACAUGCUCGUAGCUAUAAUUAUAUCAUGGUUUCAACUAGCAUUUUUUAUUGGUAUUAUUACUAUUCUUACUAUUCGUCUCAGUUCAUUAUUGGAGUGGAGUAGUGAUAAUAAACAAAUCAAUGAAAAUCCCAUUGAAAUAACAAUUUAA